GAUUUGAUGCAAUGCCAGAAGACGGGUAUUCGAACAAGCGAGGCAGAUUACGGAGUCGAUCACGUGAUCGCGAGCGUAGAGAGCGAGCGAGUGGUGGUAGAGAUGGUAGGCGAGCGCGAGUGAGCCGUUGGGAUCGUAGCAAGAGUAGAGAGAGAAAGGAGGCUCGAGAUCGGGGUGGACGACGCGAGGAGAAGCACGAUGUGUCUCGGUCACGUGAUGAGAGGAAGGAGUCACGUGACGAACGAGGGAGACCGAAAGAGAGAGAGCAGCGGCAGUUUGAGGAGCGGGAUAAACAGAGGAGAGAUCAGAGAGACAAUUGGAAUAGAAAUGGCCAGGCUUUCCGUCCCGAUAUGAGGAAUUUUCGAAGACCUUUUGGUGAGUGGGGGCGUGGUCGACCUUGGGAUGACAGACCAGCGACCAGAGGGAGAGGAAGAGGAAGAGGAAGAGGCGUAUUUGCCAAAGAAAUUGAUAGACUCAAACCGGAAGACGUACCAAGACAUGGAAACUAUUUCUUGCACGACAACCGCACUGAUGCCGAAGCAAUGGCACGACAAACGAGGAGACGACAAGCAAUGUCUCGGUCAAGUCCUGACCGUUGGGGCCACGACAAGUUCUCCAUCCUGGAAGAAGAGGAAAAGAUAGAAAAAGAAAAACUAGCAGAAGCACAAGAAAUGCAGCAAGAGAUGGAAGUAGCUGCUGUAGAAGGAGCAGAAGGAAAUGGUGUGCAUCAACCUUCCACAGAAGAGGAAAUGACAGACAUGACACAAACACAUGUGGACAUGGACGCAGUAAACUGUGAACAAACUGCUAGUUUACAGCCAACGAAUGAGUAGAAUGACUUCAUGAGGAGUCAUGUGGUUAUGAGAACAAUGGCUUUAGCUAAUGAUAGUUCCUACAUCAACAAUAGUGUCAUGACUAUA